AUGGAUCCUGAUGACCCUACUAUUGUAACAGACUACGUACAUCCCCAUUCGAAGAAUGCUGGGCAACCUGUGGAGAAGAUUCUACCCCCAAAGGUUGGAGGUGAAUUCCCAGUUGACGAAAACAUAAUUGCUGCUUUGCCAAUCCCCGGCACAAAGCUUCUGACAGCUUACCACUAUGGCUCCUCCAUGUGGGGCCUGACUGCAAAAUUAGUCACCGAGCUUCCUGGAGGCGUCAAAAGAAACUAUAUGCUGAAGAUAGUUCCGAGCGAGAACCCAGGCCGAAACAUGCUCGAAGGAGAAUACGAAUCAGCAACAGCGAUGCAUGCCGUGGUGCCAUCUUUUAUUCCCGUAGCCCACGCGUGGGGACCGCUUAAGGAAGGCCCAGGAUACUUCCUCCUCUCCGAGUUCCGAGAGGUGGGACAGCAACCCCCCGCGCCAGGAAAGCUCACAAUGCGUCUCGCUGAACUCCACAAGAACUCCGUGUCUCCGACUGGGAAGUUCGGCUUCCAUGUGACCACGUGCCAUGGACGACUCCCACAGCUCACUGGCUGGGAAUCCUCCUGGGAAGUAAUGUUCAGCAAGAUUCUGGGGCGAGCCAUGGAUAUCGAUCAAGAGAGACACGGCGAGUGGGUUGAAUUCAAUGCCGUCCGAUCUUUGCUUUUCAAGUUUGUGAUUCCGAGGCUGCUGAAGCCGUUGGAGAGCGAGGGUAGGAGUAUCAAGCCAUGCCUCAUUCAUGGUGAUCUUUGGGACGAGAAUUGUGCAGACGAUAUGAAUACGGGUGAGCCGUUUGCAUUCGAUGCAGGUAGUAUUUAUGCGCACAAUGAGUAUGAGAUUGGGUAUUGGAGGCCGAUCCGACAUCGAUUGAGUAACAGGACUUAUGUGAGGUCAUAUAAGAAGCAUUUCCCCGUUUCAGAGCCAGAGGAGGAUUGGGAUGACAGGAACUUGCUGUAUUCGAUGAGGUGGAACAUCUCCCUCUCUGUGCUAGUCCCUUCAAGCGGCCAGCGCCAGGUGUGA